AGAGAGAGAGAGAGAGAGAGAGGUGGGUGCGUCAUAGUGUAUAUAUAUCCAUGUCAGUGAGUGAGCUCUGACUAAUCCACGCUUUCUUGUUGACAUGGAAAUUCAAGAUUUCUGCCCGAGAGUUUCUCUCCCAUUGAGUUGGAUUCUCAACAUUUUACAAAUUUUCUCCUUCACUGCUGUGAAAGGUCAGUUUGAAGUGAUUGGAUCAUUUCAGCCAAUUGUUGCUGUUCCAGGGGAUGAUGUCAUCUUGCCAUGUCACGUGCAACCGAAGUUUAAUGUAAGGGGUCUGACAGUGGAGUGGUCGAAGCCUGAUCUCCAGCCUGAUCCCAACGACAGACUGAGCAGAGUUGAAUACGUCCAUCUGUACCGGCACUCCAGAGAAGACCUGAGCAUGAAGAUCUCAUCAUACAUGAGGAGAACGCAGUUAUUCACAGACGGCCUGGCACAAGGCAACAUAUCGCUGAAGAUUACUAAUGUGACACUUGAAGAUGCAGGAAGAUACAGAUGUUUCAUCCCAAAGUUAAAGGGGAGACCACGGUCUUCAAUUCUUCAGCUAUUUGUUUACCCAAAAUCUGCUGAAACUGGGACAACAGCAACACCAGAGCAUCCAGGAGAUUUCACAUCUUAUCCAGAGGAAGCGGUGGAUGAUAAAGGGGGUUUGAUCCAUCGGAGCAGACUCAUCCCACUCAUAAUAUUGUGUGUCUUCCUGAUCCUCAGUGUUGGAGUUGGAGGGUACACCAAGUCAAAAUGUCAAAAAAAGAAUCUGGCGAAAGGACCGAUAAUCUAGGUCCCCUUCUCAAAGGAACAUUGGUAGAAGUUCUUAAAAGAGAGAAGAGUGCUACUGCCCUCCUGAAAAUUAGUUUGAGGUUUAAAGGCUGCAGCCCUGAGCCAGAGGUGGAUACUGAAGACAGUGGCUCAGAUGAUUGGUCAGGUCAACUGAAGUAGAUCCCUUCAGUUAAAGUCUGCACAUCAUGUAAUUGGUAUAUUGAUUGAACAGCUGAGUAUGGAAACAACAGAGUCAAGUCUAGUCUUUGAGCAGGGUGUCUG